AUGUAUGUUUGUUUUGAAGCCUGUAAAGUUGGAUUCAAAAGAAGGUGCAGGCCUGUUAUUGGAGUAGAUGGGUGUCAUUUGAAGGGUGUUUUCCCUAGGAUGAUACUUGUUGCUGUGAGUAAGGAUGGCAACAACAGCAUCUACCCAGUAACUUGGGAAGUGGUGGAGGUGGAGAACAAGGACACAUGGAUUUGGUUUUUGGAGCUGCUAAUGAAGGACAUUGAGAAACCAAGGGGAAAAGGGCUGACAUUGAUGUUAGACAGACAAAAGGGAUUGUUGGAAGCUUUUGCUGUUGUGACUCCAAAUGCUGAAAUUAGGUUUUGUGUAAGGCACACUUGGGCUAAUUUUAAGCUCAAAUUUGGUGGUGAGGCUUUCAAAGAGAAUUUUUGGAAGUCAACAAGGUCAACUACAAGGGCUAAUUUUGAGCUUCAUAUGGCAAAGAUCAAAGAAUUAUCUCCAGAUGUAUUUCAGUAUUUAGAUUCAAUUCCUCCUAGGCAUUGGGUUAAAUAUGCAUUCUCCACAUAUAGCAAGUCUGAUAUGCUGCUAAACAACAUAUGUCAAAGCUUUAAUGUUGUGUUGAGAGAUGCAAGAGACAAACCAAUGAUUACAUGCCUAAAAUGGAUUAGGAGGUAUGUGAUGAAGAGAAACACUAGGAAAUGGGAUGCUGUGCAAAGUCAUGAAGGCAGAUUUAUGCCUUAUGUUGCCAAGGUUUUCCAAUUUGUGUCACAAUUGGCUAGCAACUGUAAUGUAAUUCCUUCUAGGCUGGACAUUUGGGAAGUGGACUACUACCAUGACAGAUAUGUAGUCAAUUUGGGGGAGAGAACAUGUAGCUGCUUCAGAUGGGAGCUUACUGGGAUCCCAUGUGCACAUGCUUGGGCUUGCAUUAUUAAGAAAAGACUCAGGCUAGAGGACUUUGUUGAUGAUUUCUACAGCAAGGACAGAUACUUAGAGGCAUAG